CUCUUUCUCCUUCAACUCUCUUGUGAAUCAAAAGAGUUUCUCUCGUUUUCUUCGUGCUCCAAACACACCAUGGCUUCUACCAUGAAGCAAGAAAAACCUGGUUUCGUUUACUCCGGAAAAACAAGCGACAUUGAGAAUCUGCGGGAACAAACUUUAAUUGCUCCGGCGAUCGAUAUUAGCAGUAGUAGUAUCAGCAGCAGCAGCAGCAGCGAAAGCAGUUCUAGUGAUGAUUCAAAUACUGAUAACCCGUUCUUUGUUAAUAUCCGAUGUGGAAUGAACAAGAAACGAGUUUUAAACGAAUCUGACAACGGUGACUUGUUUCACAAGAAACCAAAACUCGAGACUCCUGAAUUUAAUACCGCGAUUUCACCUGAUUUUCUUUCUGUUCUUCCACCGCCAUUGCCGUUGAACUUCGUGGCGCCUGAGACAGUCGUGGAGGCUGAGCCGGUGCAUAGCGUGCCGGCAGCAGCGGAUGCUAAUAUGAAUUUUAAUUGUCCAGCGUCUCCGAUUUUGAGGGCGUGUAAACAGUUUUGGAAGGCAGGGGACUAUGAGGGAGUCACUGCUGAUGAUUCUUCGAUUAAUUCGGCUGGAUUGGAUCAUGUCAGGGUGCAUCCAAAGUUCUUACAUUCAAAUGCAACCAGCCAUAAAUGGGCUUUGGGAGCUUUCGCCGAACUUCUGGACAAUUCUUUGGAUGAGGUUUGCAAUAGGGCCACUUAUGUUAAUGUAGACAUGAUGAAGAAUAAAAAAGAUGGUUCUAACAUGUUGCUGGUUGAAGAUAAUGGUGGUGGAAUGACGCCUGAUAAAAUGCGGCAGUGCGUGUCUCUUGGUUAUUCUGCCAAAAGUAAAAUGACAAACACCAUUGGUCAAUAUGGAAAUGGAUUCAAGACAAGCACAAUGAGACUUGGAGCAGAUGUGAUUGUGUUUUCAUGUUGUAAGGGGAACAAUGGAAACAGCAUGACUCGAAGUAUUGGACUGCUGUCCUAUUCUUUUUUGAUGGGCACUGGAAAGCAAGAUAUUGUGGUUCCCAUGAUUGACUAUGAGAGAAGAGGAGAAACUUGGAACAAGAUGAUAAGGUCUUCACUGGAUGAUUGGAACAGAAAUUUAGAAACCAUAGUACAGUGGUCGCCAUAUACAAGUGAAGAAGAUCUACUUCAUCAGUUCAACCUCUUAGAAGAUCAAGGAACACGCAUAAUCAUAUACAAUCUUUGGGAGGAUGAUGAAGGAGAUCUAGAACUAGAUUUUGAAUCUGAUCAAUAUGAUAUUCAAAUUAGAGGAGUCAAUCGAGAGGAGAAAAGCAUAGAGAUGGCAAAAAAGUAUCCCAACUCAAGACAUUUUCUAACUUAUCGACAUUCUCUAAGGAGUUAUGCAUCGAUUCUUUAUCUCAGACUUCCAGCCGGCUUUAGAAUUAUUUUGCGUGGAAAAGACGUCGUGCAUCACAACAUAAUCAAUGACAUGAUGCUGACUAAGGAGAUCACAUAUAAACCUCUACAUCUUCCUGACCGAGUUCCAAAAGAUUUGAAUAUGGUUGCUACUGUGACAAUUGGGUUCGUGAAGGAUGCUCGACAUCAUAUUGAUGUUCAGGGAUUUAACGUUUAUCAUAAGAACAGACUCAUAAAGCCAUUCUGGCGAGUCUGGAAUGCUGCUGGAAGUGAUGGUCGUGGGGCUAUAGGUGUGUUGGAGGCCAAUUUUGUUGAACCAGCUCAUGACAAACAAGGCUUUGAGCGCACACCUGUGCUAUCUAGACUAGAAAAUCGCUUAGUUGCAAUUCAGAAGAAUUACUGGUGUACGAACUGUCAGGAAGUUGGUUAUGCUCCGAGGCGGCCUUCUGCAAAGACAGACUCUAGAACAUCAGAUAAAGAAAAGCCGCCUCCUUCAAAACCUGCUUCUGCAAAGAAAGAUUCAAACGCCUCAGAUAAAGACAAAUGCUUCUCACCUUCAAUUCAGAAUGGGCGUGACCACAGUAGGCUCAAGACAAAACCGCUCACGGAAUUGGACAAAAGAUCAACAGAAUCAGAUAACACCAGUGAAGAUGGAAGCAGUCAUGAACCAUCCCGUGUCAUUGGUCAAUCUCAAGCUCCUAGGUUACAUUUACAUGAAACAAGCCCUCAUAUUCCUAGGAGAUCUCGCUCAAAGAAUUCCCAGGCAGCUGCUGUCCAUGAAGAUGGGCGAAUUCUUUAUAAUGGUAACGCAGCGAGUUCAAUCAAGUCCAAAGGAAAUGAUGGACGAGUUCUCCCUCAUGGCGACACAGAGAGGUUAAUCAAGUCUCAAGAAAAGGAUGGACGAGUUAUCUCUGAUGGUGAUACGGCAAGUUUAACGAAUUUUAAGGAAGAGGAUUAUAAAUCAAGUGGAAGAUCGGAAAGAGUAGAUGAUUUGCUGAGGGAUUUACAGUAUGAAAGGGAAAAGUGCACAUCCCUCGAAAAUCAACUUCAGAAGGCACAACAGAAAAUAGAAGAGAUGGACAAAGAACAGGUUGCUUUGAUUGAUAUAAUUCAAGAAGAAAGGGUGCGGCGAGAUGCGGAGGAGGACAGAUUGAGGGAAAAAUUAAAGGAAGCAUCGAGUACCAUAAAUAAUCUAAUAGAAAAGAUUAAGUGGCUUGAAGAACAGAGAACUCCAUGAUAGAAUGAUAAAACGUAAUCUUAAGUGUUGGGAUCCCUUGAAUUAAAUGCAGGCGGCGGUGGAGGAGAUAUGGAGCUUGGUUCGGAUCCACCCCUGAUUAUUAUUAUACAACUGAGAAUCUUGUAACGAUGAAACUGGAAAAUAUAGUGAGGUUUAUGAUGUAUUUUAGAAACUUAUUAAAGAAAG